CUGAGUGGGAGAGACGCGUGACAGACACCUUCAGUUGGACCUGGUCUGUUGUGUUUACUGGAUGGCAAACACCCUAGUCUCUACUUUGACGGAUGGAAGACUAUCACCUAUAGAGGUUACCGUCUUUGCUUUUUGUCUUGGAUGUAAGAACACGGCGGAAACGUGAAGGAAGUCGAGCGCGCCGGAGAGAAACCCCGCGUUCCAUAUGCGCAAAGACGCACGGCAGACAUGGCUCACAGGGACUACCGACCCGAGGGGACACGUGUUUCUCUUCAAGUUCUGCCACUGCUUCUGUUAAACCUGUUUGUCUCGGCGAAGGCUUUGGAGAUGAUGGACCUGAAACCACCUGCCCUCAUGUGCAGAGAGGGUUUAUCUGAUUGCUCCAUGGGCCAAGCUUUUCAUUAUGAUGCGGGUCUACCUAAAGAGGAUGCAGUCGAUGUCGAUCAUUGGGAGCUGAAAGUCAUUUUUUGCUGUACAAACAGGCAACGCUGUGUACCUUGUCUUCAGAUAAAUAUUACAGUCCAAGACGUUAGCCAUCUAAAGGAUGCUUCUGAGGAGUCUGGUGACCAAAAUUAUGAAGACGAGCGCCUUGGCACAAAUGGUUUGGCAGAAGGAAGUGGCCUGCAGUCUGUGUUUCCUGAACGAAGUGCUUCAGUGACAGUGUGCCACAGCUCCCCUUACAGGAAUAUUUACAGGACACUCCAGUUUACUUACUCCAGUGUUGCUCAGUCAACUCAAAAACCCACACGUGAGUUGCUGUUGACAGAGGAAGUGAUGUUUGGCAGGCCUUUUGUGGUCAGGGUCAUUGGACAUUCAAAUAAAUCCUACAUCAAAAAUGUCACAAUUCCAUCCCUAGAAACAGUUUGCUCCCGGAACCUAGAUGGCAGAGUUGAGCAAUGUGAUGAUGUUCCCAAACUCCGAGCUGUAACUGAUCAUAAGAAGGAUAUAGUCGUCCUCCAAGUGGACAGCACCGAUGAGAAACAAAGGGAGCUCAUGUGCCUGAAGGUUCAGAAUGGCAUUCCUGGAGGAGAUGUUCUUGAAUGGCCCAAAGGCCAGAGAGAAGUGAUCAUCUCAACAGAGUCCGUUGUACCAUGUUUGUGCUUCCAGGUAUGGUGGAAGGAGAAAACAUUGCGCAAACAGUACUGCCCUUUCCAAAACCAACAAGCUGCGCAGGAGAGAAUGCAGCGCAGGGUGUCUGUGUCUAUGGUGGAGUCUCCAGUGAGGGAAGGGGGCUCAGUGCUGAUCUGGAAUGUGACUGCCCCCUGUAGACUGGAGGCAGAGGUGUGGCUCUGUAAAAGAGACCCAGCAGGAGGUCAGUGUAAGGAGAUUGCUGGCUCCAGACAGACCCUGAAAAACCACUCACAUGCUGGAUGGAGAGCUACACGCAAUGGACACUGGAAAUCAGGGGAGUUCAAUGGGUCGUCACAUCCUCUGCUUUGUGUUCAGAUGAAAAUUCGAGGGGCACAUUCACAGUUGGAUCCUCAUUGCCCAUUUGCAACAUCCCGUUGGAGAUGGAUCCUUCCCCUCCUCAUUGGAUUCCCACUGAUAUGCUUGUCUGUACUAGGAGCCUAUUUGGCACAGGGGGUGCUUAAAGGUUAUGUGUGGAAAUGCUUGAAAGAAGAUGAUGUGAAAGGUGCUGUGGGUGGUGGGCAUGUGGUGUUGUUGUAUCCACCUGAUGAUGAACAGGCUUUACCAGAACUAAUGUGUCAUCUGGGAUCGUCGCUCCAAGCUCUGGGCUGCAGUGUGUCUCUAGACUUGUGGAGCCAUAAGGAGCUCAGUGCUCUAGGUCCUGUUCCUUGGCUCCAUUCAAGACUGGACCGGCUGCAAAGGCAGGGUGGUAAAGUGGUGCUAGUCCUGACCCAGGCAGCCUGGAUAAAAGCUGAAGAAUGGGGAGCCCGGAGCUGGGAACGCAACACACCCAAGCAGAGGGAGGGCGGCAUGGAUGAGAAAGGGACCGGCAGAAGUUACCCCCUCUCUCCUCCCUGUGUAGAUGUUUUUAGUGCCUCGUUGAGUUGUAUUCUAGCUGAUUAUUUACAGGGUCGUGCAGGUGAGCGGUUCAUGCUGGUACAGUUUGAAUCACUUCCACCUGAGCCUCCAGGUGGUUGCCGACCACUGCCUGAACUUUUCCGUGGCCUCCACGUCUACAGCCUCCCUUCACAGAGCCUGGGAUUUCUAACCGAACUGGCUGGGGCUCGGAAAACGGCCAGCGCUUCAGCUAGAAGGAAGAGGGCGGGGGGCCUCAGGAUGGCAUCUCGAGCCCUGGCACGAGGCCUGUCAGGGUUCACUGCAGGGACAACUGUAUUACGACUUGCAGGGAUGCCGCAAAGUUGUGUUGGAACAGGAGCGGAAGACUCUGGGGAAACGAUGCCCCUCCAGCCAUGUCUUAUUACCCCUCCAUCCAGCCCCGACAUAGACCCCAAGACCCCCAAGAGUGAAAUGGACUGGGUCUGAGAGUAGCAGAGGAUGACACAAACUGAAGGAACUGAAAGUGAUACUCUGCAGGUUAUCACAUAAAUAUAUCACAUUGCUGCUUUGUCAAAUCUCGGGGGUCUCUAAAAAACUGGUGCAACAUGAAGAAAAACAAGUACAUCAUAUGAAAACUUAAAGCACAGCACAAAACCUCAAAAGUCUUGAAAAAGGAAACUCAUAAAGACAUAUUAAAUGGAGUUUCUUUACUAAGUGAGGAAUACAAAAAAAAAUCCAAUAUAUCCAAGAAGUACUCUCUUGUGUUUGUCCUGACCUCAAUACUUUAGCCGUUACGUGUGUUUGAUUUGUGUUUUUUCACAAUUCGCACAGACAGUGGGCUUUAUACACAGCCCCACAUCUUCCUGAACUUAAGGCAGCUUCUUUAUUUCCUGUCUUUCAUUAUUGGACACACUGGUUAAUCCAGGUGUGUCUGACCACAGUAGUCACAGCAAGAAGUAACAGGCACACGUGGAUUAAUCAGUGUCCAAUAAUGAAAGACAGGAAAUAAAAGAACUACCUUAAGUUUAGUUAGAAGUGGGGCUGUGCAUAAAGCCCAUAUAGAAGUUUUGAUAAAUAAACUAUUUCUUCUUGUGUCCAUACUCUUACAUUAUCCAGCAGACAUGGGGAGUUAAUUUUAUACUGUGUUUUUGUCUUACUGUAAGUGUUUAAAUAAAGAAUAUGAAUUAUU